AUGUAAAUAAAUAAAACCUGGGUCGUAAUUGCAUGUAUAUCAUUUAAUAUAGGAUCUAUUUCAUAUGCAUUUGUAUCAAAUUCAAUGAACAAUGCUUUAAAAACAUUAUAUAUUGUUUUUCAAAUUAGUAAAGAUGAUCAAAGUUUUUUUGCAGGAGCACUUACUAGUUCAUCUUAUGUUGGAGCCUUCUUUGGUUCAAUAUUAACUACAUUUAUCAAAAAAUAUCACACUGGAAUUUUGAUAGCAGAUUUAUGCUUAUUUUUUGGAAGUUCAAUAUUAAUUUUGGGAAAUAUAUAUACAUUUUUUAUUGGAAGAAUAAUUGCAGGUAUUGGAUGUGGAAUUUGUGCUGUUUGUCAACCUGUAUUUAUAAGACAAAUUUCACCAACAUCAAUGUAUUCAUCAAUGGGUGGAAUUUUAUCGACAGUUUUUUCUUUUGGAUAUUUUUUAACAAUGUUAUAUGGAGUUUGGUUUCCAACAACAGAUAAUAUUACAUCUCCUGAUUAAUUGAAUCAAUAUUUUUGGAGAAUUUAUUUUUUUGUAGGUGGAAUUCCAAGUCUAAUAAGGAUUAUUGUUAUGAAAACUGUAUAUAAUUUUCAAACUCCUAUUUUUUAUAUACAGAAUAAUUAAGAUGAUAAAGCACUUCUAGUAUUGUAAAAGAUAUAUCAAAGUUCAAACUAUUAAUAAUUAUUGGAUGAUAUAAGAGAAUAAUCAUAAACACAGAAUAAAAAAGUUGAUUUUGGAAUGACAAUUAAAAAAUACAGAAAACAAUUCUAUUUUGGAUUGUUUUUAAUGUUUAUAUUCUAGUUUUGUGGAUUCAAUGCUGUUGUACAAUAUUCAACAUAGAUUUUUAAUAAUUCAAAAUCAUAAGAGACAGCUUAAUUUUUAUCUUUUUUGAUUUCUGUACUUAAAUGGAUAUUGUAUAGUUUUGCUGGUACAAUAACUCUGAAAUAUUAUGGUAGGAGGAAACCUUUAUUAGCAGGAUUAUCAUUAAUGUUGAUAGCUAAUUUUGGAAUCUACCUGUUUUCUUAUUUAAUGAAUGAUGAUAUGAUAAUAGUAUUCAUCUUCGCAUUUGUAUUUGCAAAUUUUAGUUCAACUGGUCCUAUUGUACCUGUUUACAUGCCUGAAUUUGUUCCAUAACAAUUAAUUUCAUAUUGCUACUAUACAUUUUGGAUCUAUUCAAUUAUCAUUUUAUUGAUUUUUCCAAUUGCUAUGUACACUUAAGUAAUUUAGUAAGCAAACAUCUGGGGAUGGAGAACUGUUUCCUGUUUUUCGCAGUCAUAACUUUGCUAGGCGUAUUGAUAUUUUAUAAGUAUGGUGUGGAGACUAUGAAUAAGACCAAUUAGGAAAUAUAUUAAUUAUUUAAAAAGAAUGUCACAGACUCCCUGGUGUAAAUGAUUUAGUGA